AUGGCGCCCACGGGUUCUCGCAAGAGAGUAAAGUCCAUUCCGUCAGUUGCGGACUCACAAUCGUCAAACGAUGGAACGACAUUACCGUCGAAAGACAGAGGACGCUCGGGCUCACUGAAACAAGGGGGUAGUGGAAACUGGUACCCAGGAGCCUGGCCCGUUUCCAAAUCAUCUAAAGCGGCCCCAGUUACCGAGGUUGCCCGUGAGAGCAUCUCGGUUGCCCAAAACGUAGCUUCAAGCCUUACUUCCUCGCCAGUGUCGCAGCUUGCUUCUCCUAAACACCCUCGACAUCCUUCUCUACAACUUACUAGAAAAGUUGGCGCUUCGAGUCGCUCCCUUCCUGCCAACGCCACCACCACUCGAAUCAACAUCGCAUCCGAUGGCACCGCGUCUUCACCAGCAAUAGAAACCCUGCCCAACCCUACUGCCUCAGCAACUGAGUCAACAAAUAAGGAAUCGUCAAAUGACGAAAGCGCCGGCACGGGAGGAAACGUUGAUAACGAUCAAUCGAAUGUUGCGACUGAGACAAAUGCAGGGUCUGGGGAGGUAGAAGCGAGUCAGGAACAAGCGCUGUCGCAGCCAAGUGGGUGGUUUUCAUGGGUCUGGGCCCCUUCCAGGAUUGAAAACCCUCCCGAUAACAUCCCGGAAGAUUCAACUCCAGCCCCAGCGGACAACACCGUGGGAAAUCAGACGUCAAAAGAGGAGGACGCUGCACCUGCCAAUCAAGAUCAAGCAGAGGAAACAAAGCCUCCUGAAACAGCAGAGAUUGACGACACAGCACAAAAGCGAUCCUGGCUCCAGAUGUGGUACGGCUCCUCAUCCUCGAAGGGUUUAGAAGAACCCUACUGUGAGAACCCGCCAGCAGCAGAUGGACCAAUACCCUCUACUGAUACACCACCUACAUUAAAUGAAAAUGUAAACGAGCCCAUUGCAGAUAUUCCAGCAGAUGCACCUUCUAAAAGUGCUAAACCAUCAGGCUGGUCUUUCUGGUUCAGAGAGACUUCACAAGACGCUUCGCAGGUGAAGUCCCAGGAAGUACAGUCCGUUGAAGCUUCUACUGCCCAGGAUUCCAUAAUAAAGAAAUCCAACGAUGAUCCCGAAUCCGAGCCGGAACAAAAGGCAGAGCUCUCGAAGAAGGGAACUCUUAAGAUAAAAUCUCCUAAGAGCAGUUCUGUUCUUCCUGAACAGAUUGUUCCUGGGCCAGAAUCCAACUCCACUGCUUCUGCAGUGAACGCGUCCGAAGCAACAGCUUCAAAGCAUCUACAGAAGAUUUUACCUAACCAGGUCCUCCCGCGUUUCAGAGACACUUUCGCUUUGCAAGAGAAGCCUAGUCUGUUACAGACGAUAGGGCGAUUCUUGCACUACAGCAAGGAGCCAGACAAUAGACAUGUUUACAUGAUUAAGGACCCACCACCCAUCAAAAGAGCAUUGGCCAUAGGAAUACACGGGUACUUCCCUGCCCCGUUAAUUCGGAGUGUCCUUGGUCAACCGACUGGUACAUCUAUCAGAUUUUCGAACAUGGCUGCAGAUGCUCUUAAAAACUGGGCAGAUGAUCAUGCAUAUACGUGCGAUAUUGAAAAGAUAGCGUUAGAAGGCGAAGGUCGCAUUGCUGAACGAGUUGAUUUAUUGUGGAAACUAUUGCUCAAUUGGAUGGAAAAGAUAAGGCAGGCUGACUUCAUACUGAUUGCAUGCCACAGUCAGGGUGUUCCUGUUGCAAUAAUGUUGGUUGCGAAGUUAAUAUCCUUUGGAUGCCUUAACGCUGCGCGGGUCGGUGUAUGUGCCAUGGCCGGUGUUAACAUGGGGCCUUUCUCCGACUAUCGAUCACGAUGGAUUAGUGGAUCUGCUGGUGAGCUUUUUGAAUUUGCAUUGCCUCACAGCCAAGUUUCAAAGAAUUAUGAGGCAGCGCUCAAAGCGUCUCUCGAUUUCGGUGUACGGAUCUCCUAUAUAGGGAGUAUCGAUGACCAACUCGUUUCUCUAGAGUCAUCGCUAUUUUCGCCGGUGGCUCAUCCGUAUGUUUACCGAGCAGUAUUUGUCGACGGUAGAGUACAUGCUCCAAGUUUCCUAUCACAUUUGGUCGGGUUUGCUCUAAAGCUUCGAAAUCUUGGGCUCCCAGAUCAUGGCCUCAUCCGCGAAUUGAGUUCGCCUUUAGCAGGUAGUCUGUAUAGUGGCGAAGGCCACUCACGUCUCUAUGAUGACGAGGCUGUGUAUCGGUUAGCUAUUGAAUUCGCUCUAGAAACGUCGAAUGUCCAAGAUGCAACGCUUAGCAUCAAGCGAAGCCCCCCUGCUUCGUCAGUGAAUCCUUACAUCCUCCCGUUCGCCAUGCGCGGCCUCCUUGAGGAAGAGUACGUCCGACGCGAGCUUUACGAAGAAACAAUGGAACUGCUACGACAGUUUGACGACUGGAAACCGACCAGCAAGGUUCUAAAGGAUGUAAAGUUCCGAUUAGAAGGAAUCCGCUCAAAGCUCUAG